GUACUUUUUAUAAUUCGCGCGGAGCUUAAAUUUCUGUGUGUCGAUGACGCAGUCCUUGCCAUCGUGCUUGAGAUCCGGAAACAGAUUGUCUGUUACGCUGGUGCCGUCUUCGUUGGUGACGAUCUUGACGUCGACGGUCUUGCCGGCCAAGGUGGCCGCCGCCUUCCGCUCGUCGUCCCACUUGGCGACAUCAAUCGUCCGCCUCGAGAUGACGUUUUCGUAGUGCUUCUUGUCGUCAGUGAGCUUCCACUCGUUAAGCGCCGCCAUAGAGUUGAGCUGCUUGUUUCCGGCCGCCUCCAUAUCGCGGUGCCUGUCGUUCAUGCCCAUGAGGCCAAGCACGGCGAUUGCCAGGUUGAUUGUCAGGCCGUGUUUGCUCUCCCAGGGAAUGGCGACGUACUCGAUUCCCGCCCGCUUCUUAGGUGCGUUAUCGUGGUUGACGACGCGUCUGAUGCGCAGCGCGACCAUCUCAUCCUGCGUCACCAGCCACGCGUAGCGCGACUCUCCGUACCUGCAGUAGGUCGCAAUUUGGCGGAGCGGAAGAAGACGCUCGAUUGCCACGUUAAGGCGCGGGGGGGCUUGCUUCCCGAAGAUGCCCGAUCCAUAGUCUUCAUGACUUUGCCGUCCUUGUCUUCUCCCUCGACAAGCCAGGCGGACUUCCACUUCUGCUUCAGCUUGCUGUCACCGAUGGCGUAAAU